UCCGUUCAGUCCGCAGUCCGACGGCGAGCGUGUUGGUCGCCGCGUUCGCGAAAAGUCACCGCUCGCGAUCGUCUUCCGAAUGACAUACUCGCGAGAGUCGUGUUGUAGAUUGUUAUAUUAUUUAUUAUAACCGUCCGAAGCACAGCACACAACCGGGUCUGGUGUACCGUCAAACGUAUAUUUUAUUAUCGUAAAUUGUUAGAGAAGUAAAUAAUUUUGUAUUGACCCGCAGUCGCUCCUUCGUUUCGUCGAGCACGAUCAGUAUUAAUAUUUAAAAUAUAAUAUUUAUAAUAGCUGUUGUAUAGCUAUAUAUAGCGGUGCAUUAGACGAGGUGUAGUCGAUUUCGGUUUUUUUGUUUUUUUUUUUUUUUUUUUUUUUUUUUUUUUUUUAUCAUCCCAAAUGUCGUACGAUGACUUACUACAACAAUUUCGGUAGUGGCAACAUACACAAAAGCACUGUCAAACACAACGGAGACGUGAUCGCUUGUCAUAAGUGUGGCGGAUAUAAGGUAGUAAACCAUGUGGGCAGAAUGAGUCGAGGCCGAAGAAAAUUAUUGCUGUACGGGCUGGUCGUCGGCACGUUACUGUUGCUGGCGUACAAGUUGCGCUCGUGUCCCGAACCCGAACCUCAAACCAUGUUCAUGAUGCCGAAAGACAAAUUCGUCACCGACGAAAACAUGAAGAUUUACUCUUAUGAUCGAAACAUGCCACUAAUAUUCAUCGGUGGCGUGCCCAGAUCCGGUACUACGCUCAUGAGAGCCAUGUUAGACGCCCACCCGGACGUCCGGUGUGGCCAGGAAACCCGGGUAGUUCCUAGAAUCUUGCAGAUGCGCAAUCACUGGUACAAGUCUUCCAAAGAGUCACUUCGUCUGAAAGAAGCCGGCGUUUCUGAAGAAGUAAUAAAUUCUGCGGUUGCUUCAUUCAUUCUCGAAGUAAUCGCCCGGCACGGGGUGCCGGCUCCCCGACUGUGUAACAAGGACCCACUGGCGCUGAAGUCCAUGGACUAUCUAAAGGUAUUGUUCCCCAACGCCAAGUACAUAUUCAUGGUGCGUGACGGCCGAGCUACCGUCCAUUCCAUCAUAUCGCGUAAAGUGACAAUCACUGGUUUUGACUUGAACAGCUAUAGACAGUGUUUGGAAAAAUGGGACGAUGCCAUCAGCGUCAUGUACAAAAACUGCAACAAAGUCGGGUCUGGCUACUGCUUGAUGGUGUACUACGAACAAUUAGUGUUGAGACCUCGGGCCACAUUAACCGAGAUACUCAACUUCUUGGACAUCCCGUGGAACGAAACUGUGCUCCACCACAAUGAGAUGAUCAACAAGCCUGGAGGGAUCGCCCUAUCGAUGGUGGAACGUUCGUCCGACCAAGUGGUCAGGCCGCUGUACCAAGAAGCAUUGACCAAAUGGGUUGGCCAGAUACCCGACGAUGUGGUUAACGAUAUGGCAAACAUCGCGCCCAUGCUUAGCAUGCUUGGGUAUGACCCGGCUGCCAAUCCACCCACGUACGGUAUCCCGGAAGACAAUUCUGGAUCGGAGCAACAGCAGUAUGACACGAGUGCCAGCGGAGAUACGAAACACACUACCACGCGAAGGAGGUAGUCGAAAUAUACAUAAUAUAAUAAAUAUUUUUUUUGUUUUUUU